AAAGAGCUUCAGUCAUAACGGAGCACUUAAACUACAUGAACAAAUUCACACGGGGGAGAAACCAUUUAAAUGUAUGCAGUGUGGAAAGAGCUUCAGUCGUAACGGAGCACUUAAAGUACACCAACGAACUCACACGGGGGAGAAACCAUUUAAAUGUAUUGAAUGUGGAAAGAGCUUCAGUCGAUAUGAAAUCCUUAGAAUACAUCAACGAACUCACACAGGAGAAAAACCAUUUGAAUGUAUUGAAUGUGGAAAUAGCUUUAGUCGUAUUGAAACACUUAGAAUACAUCAACGAACUCACACGGGAGAGAAACCAUUUAAAUGUAUGCAGUGUGGAAAGAGCUUCAGUCAUAACGGAGCACUUAAAGUACAUGAACAAAUUCACACGGGGGAGAAACUAUUUAAAUGUAUUGAAUGUAGAAAGUCCUUCAGUCGAUAUGAAAUCCUUAGAAUACAUCAAAGAACUCACACUGGGGAGAAACCAUUUAAAUGUAUUGAAUGUGGAAAUAGCUUCAGUCGUAGUGAAACACUUAGAAUACAUCAACAAACUCACACAGGAGAGAAACCAUUUAAAUGUAUGCAGUGUGGAAAGAGCUUCAGUCGUAACGGAGCACUUAAAGUACAUGAACAAAUUCACACGGGGGAGAAACCAUUUAAAUGUAUUGAAUGUGGAAAGUGCUUCAGUCAAUAUGAAAUCCUUAGAAGACAUCAACGAACUCACACUGGGGAGAAACCAUUUAAAUGUAUUGAAUGUGGAAAUAGCUUCAGUCGUAGUGAAACACUUAGAAUACACCAACAAAUUCACACAGGGGAGAAACCAUUUAAAUGUAUUGAAUGUGGAAAGAGCUUCAGUCAAAGUGCAUCACUUAGAAGACAUCAACGAACUCACACGGGCGAGAAACCAUUUAAAUGUAUUGAAUGUGGAAAAAGCUUCAGUGGAAGUGGACACCUUAGAAUGCAUCAAGGAACUCACACGGGGGAGAAACCAUUUGAAUGUAUUGAAUGUGGAAAGAGCUUCAGUACAAGUGGAAACCUUAGAACACACCAACGAACUCACACGGGGGAGAAACCAUUUGAAUGUAUUGAAUGUGGAAAUAGCUUCAGUACAAGUGGAAACCUUAGAACACACCAACGAACUCACACGGGGGAGAAACCAUUUGAAUGUAUUGAAUGUGGAAAGAGCUUCAGUCAGUAUGGAAACCUUAGAACACACCAACAAACUCAUACGGGGGAGAAACCAUUUAAAUGUAUUGAUUGUGGAAAGUGCUUCAGUAGAAUUGAACACUUUAGAACACACCAACGAACUCACACAGGGGAGAAACCAUUUAAAUGUAUUGAAUGUGGAAAGAGCUUCAGUCAGUAUGGAAACCUUAGAACACACCAACGAACUCAUACGGGGGAGAAACCAUUUAAAUGUAUUGAUUGUGGAAAGUGCUUCAGUAGAAUUGAACACUUUAGAAUACAUCAACGAACUCACACAGAGAAACCCUUUAAAUGUAUUGAAUGUGGAAAGAGCUUCAGUGGAAGUGGACACCUUAGAAUGCAUCAACGAACUCACACGGGGGAGAAACCAUUUGAAUGUAUUGAAUGUGGAAAGAGCUUCAGUCAAAGUGGAUCACUUAGAAGACAUCAACGAACUCACACAGGGGAGAAACCCUUUAAAUGUAUUGAAUGUGGAAAGAGCUUCAGUGAAAGGGGAAACCUUAGAACACACCAACGAACUCACACCACGGAGAAACCCUUUAAAUGUAUUGAAUGUGGAAAGAGCUUCAGUGAAAGGGGAAACCUUAGAACGCACCAACGAACUCACACGGGGGAGAAACCAUUUAAAUGUAUUGAUUGUGGAAAGAGCUUCAGUGAAAGUGGAGCACUUAGAAAACAUCAACGAACUCACACGGGCGAGAAACCAUUUAAAUGUAUUGAAUGUGGAAAAAGCUUCAGUGGAAGUGGACACCUUAGAACGCAUCAAGGAACUCACACGGGGGAGAAACCAUUUGAAUGUAUUGAAUGUGGAAAGAGCUUCAGUACAAGUGGAACCUUUAGAAUACAUCAACGAACUCACACGGGUGAGAAACCAUUUGAAUGUAUUGAAUGUGGAAAGAGCUUCAGUACAAGUGGAAACCUUAGAACACACCAACGAACUCACACGGGGGAGAAACCAUUUGAAUGUAUUGAAUGUGGAAAGAGCUUCAGUCAGUAUGGAAACCUUAGAACACACCAACGAACUCAUACGGGGGAGAAACCAUUUAAAUGUAUUGAUUGUGGAAAGUGCUUCAGUAGAAUUGAACACUUUAGAACACACCAACGAACUCACACAGGGGAGAAACCAUUUAAAUGUAUUGAAUGUGGAAAGAGCUUCAGUGGAAGUGGAUCACUUAGAAAACAUCAACGGACUCACACGGGGGAGAAACCAUAUAAAUGUAUUGAAUGUGGAAAGAGCUUCAGUGGAAGUGGAUCACUUAGAAAACAUCAACGGACUCACACUGGGAAGAAGCCAUUUAAACGUAUUGAAUGUUGAAAGAGCUUCAUUGAAAAGGAACACCUUAGGAAAAAUCAGCUAACUCACACAGGGGGAAAUUAUAGAUGUAUGGAAUCUGGAAAGAGCUCCAGAGGGAGUGGAGACCUUAAUAUUCAUAAGCAAAUUCACACAGGCGGAUAACCAUAUAAAUGUAUGGAGUUUUCCACUCAGGGUUCCCUGUGUUCCUGAUAAGUGAUGAUGACUGUCAAGUCUCUGGAUGUGCAGAAAAGAAUUUGGUAGUGUUUGUUUUCCAUCUUCGGGGCCAUGCUGUUUGGAGACCCUUGCUUUUUUAAUUUGAACUGUUGAUCUGGAUAGCUUGGAAUCUGGCAUUCUGGACUUUCCCCACAAUGCUGCUUAUUGGUCAGAACAGAGAGCCGGAUCCGGAUUUCCUGCUUCAGUGCAUCAUUCCCACGUACACUUCCUCAGUUUGUGAAUAUGGCUGCUUUGGAUUCCUUUGGGCCAGUUACUAAUAAUCUACUUUUGUUGUUGUUCAAAAUGGGUUUUUGCUGGUAAUGGGUUCAUGAAAUUUCAAUAAAGCAAAGAUCCCUUUCAAGAGA